UGUCUGCACACAGGACGCAGUCAUGAGUUCUGCUGCUUAUACAAACGGUCCGAACGCCAAUGAAAAUGUCACUUUCCUGACCGACAAAAAGAAGAUGCCGGCAAAGCGGAAUAAGACUUUGCUGGUGGUGGGAUUAGUGUUGGCGUCGCUGGUGCUGGCGGCCAUCACUGGAGUGCUCAUCUGGCUGUUUGCUGUUAAACCCGGAAUGCAGCGGCUACAGAAGCCCUCGCUCGAGGCUCUCAGAAGUUUGGGGACGCGGGUCUUCAGUGGACAGAUCAUGCUGCUCGACACCCAGUACAGCCCCGUGUUGGAGGACCCCACCAGCACCGAAUUUGUCGAAAAGGCCGAAGCCCUGCAGGACAUCCUAAAUCAGACGUUCUCCAGAGACGCGUUCCUCUCCAAGUACUACAACAAGUCCGUCGUCUCCGCCUUCAGCGACGGUGUGAUCGCCUACUACUGGACGCGCUUUGAUCUUCCUCCGAAGGACUUGGAUUUGAUGCCCAAGCUGUCAGAGGUCCGAGUGCUGGACGCCCUGCGCAAGGGAAUCCGCCAGGAGGGCAAACGUAGCAUGCAGAGCUUCACCAUCACCAACAUCACCGCCUCAGAUACGGACCCCCGGAUGGCCCGGACCCCCGGAGCUCAGGAGUGUAUCUACCAGUUAACGGCGGAUGCCCAGGUGAAGACGUUCACCUCUCCCGGUUACCCAGCCAAGUACCCGGCUCAGACCCGCUGCCAGUGGCAGAUCCGCGGCCCCAAGGGCACGGCCGUCCUGGUCAAGUUCACCGAUUUCUUUUUAGAGGACGCGUGCUCCAGCGUUUACGUCUUCAUCUACGAUUCUCUCAUGACCGACGCCGCUCACGCCAUCACACAGAAUUGUGGUCACCGGCCUCCGACUAAUCCUCUGGAAGUGGUUUCAUCUAACAACCUCAUGCUCGUCAACCUCAUCACCGACAGUGUGGCUCAGAAGCCGGGAUUCACGACACAGUACAGCGCCAUCCCCAUCGUUACAGCUGAGACCUGCGGAGGGGUUCUGACCAGCCUGAACGGAACCUUCAGCUCCCCACACUACCCGAGCUUCUACCCACCUAACUUGGACUGUACCUGGACCAUCAAUGCCCCGCCAGGUAUGAAAGUCCGGGUAAAGUUCGUCAUGUUCCGGGUGAAGGAGCCCGGCAUGAGCAUCCAGACCUGCAACAAGGACUACGUUCAGAUCAACAACACCAAGUAUUGCGGUGAAAGGACGAUGCUGGCUCUAUCCAGCAGCAACAACACCAUGGUGAUCCGCUUCCACUCGGACAGUUCGUACACAGAUAAAGGAUUUAAAGCUCAGUACAGCGCCUACGACCCACUGAACCCGUGUCCGGGUCAGUUCACCUGUAAUUCGGGGCUCUGCAUCGCUAAAACUCUGCAGUGCGACGGCUGGAACGAUUGUGGAGACAUGAGCGACGAGAAGAAAUGCAAAUGUGAGGACGAUCACUUUGUGUGUGAUAACGGCAUUUGUAAGGCCCAGUACGUGGUGUGUGACCAGAUGAACGACUGCGGAGACAACAGUGAUGAACGGGACUGCAGUUGUGAUAAGAACCAGAUCCGGUGUGGAGAUGGAACGUGUUUGCCUCAGUCGGUGCUCUGCGAUGGGAAGAUGGACUGCGCAGACAGCAGCGAUGAAGCCGCCUGCAAAGAGUCCGAGGGGAUGUGCACUGACUUCACCUUUACCUGCGCCAACAACCAGUGCAUCAACAAGCUUAAUGCUGAGUGCGACAAAAUAAACGACUGCGCUGAUGGAUCAGAUGAGGAGGGCUGCAACUGUGGAAAGCGUCCGUACAAACACAACCGUAUCGUCGGAGGGCAGAACUCGGAUGUGGGCGAAUGGCCGUGGCAGGUCAGCCUUCACUACAUGACCAGCGGGCACGUGUGUGGCGCCUCUAUCAUCUCUGAAAAAUGGCUGCUCUCCGCCGCCCACUGUUUCGUUACAGGAGACCCUGCGUACCACGACGAGUCGAACUGGCAGACGUACAGCGGGCUGCGGGAUCAGAACCUGAUGGAUGACAAAGUACAGAUGAGAGAGAUAAAGAACAUCAUCGUUCACCGCGACUAUAAUCAGAUGACGUACGAUAACGACAUCGCGCUGCUGGAGCUGAAGGAGCCACUCAAGUUCUCUAGCACGGUUUUCUCAAUUUGUUUGCCGUCCAGCUCUCACGUCUUCCCCCCUGGCAUGCCCUGCUGGGUCACCGGCUGGGGGGCACUCCGGGAAGGAGGACGCUUAGCGAUCAUCCUGCAGAAAGCCGAGGUGAAGAUCAUCAAUGACACGGUGUGUGACAGGGUCACAGAGGGUCAGGUGACCUCACGUAUGCUCUGCAGUGGUUUUCUUGCUGGAGGAGUGGACGCCUGUCAGGGUGACUCGGGCGGCCCGCUGGUGUGUUUGUCCGAGGCGAAUAUCUGGUUCCAGGCGGGUAUAGUGAGCUGGGGCGAGGGCUGCGCACGGCGGAACAAACCCGGGGUCUACACGCGUGUCACCAAGUUCCGCGAGUGGAUAUACAAACAAUCUGGCGUGUAACAGAAACUGAGAUGCCAACCUGUGUGUGUGUGUGUGUGUGUGUGUGUGUGUGUGUGUGUGUGUGUGUGUGUGUGUGUGUGUGUGUGUGUGUGUGUGUGUGUGUGAGUGUGUGUGAGUGUGUGUGUGUGUGUGUGUGUGUGUGUGUGUGUGUGAUUCUGGUAUUAAGAUACAUCCUGGUGUAAAGAGGUGUAAAGAGAGUUUUGUACAUGUUAUGAAUUGUAAAUCAUUUGGCGUUUUAUUAACGCCGUUUUAUAC